GCAUUGGAACAACGUGACCAACAGGGUUGGCAAGGGUUUGGAUACAAAUUUGCGAGUGCUUGCCUGCUAAACUGACAUUCACUGUAGCACCCCUCGGAUACGAUGAUGAGAAUCCUGAUGUCAACAUACGACAUUCUGAAGAUAAUAUGACUGUUUCAGAUGCAAAGAAAGUGGCGGUCCUUACAGAAGAUGAACCUCUGACCUUGGCCGAAGAAAGAAUCGUGGAUUCAUUCACCCCCGUGCCACAACGAAUAGCAAAACCCAAAACUGGAUCUCUCAACGCGCAAAAAGAUGUUAUUCUCAAAACACAAAGACGUAUCUCUUCACAAAGCACUCGCCUAGAAAUUGUACCUGAAGCUUCUGACGAAGAGGAAUCCCUGGACGUAGGUCAAGUGGAGUCGAGCGCGCAAGAUUAUGUACGACGUUUCAGGCAGCGCUCUGCAGUCAUGGACCUAGGACACACUCCAGCAGGUCCAUUAUCAUUGUGGGAUGCUCUUGAUUUGGAGAUCAACUCCGUUUCCUCGCACUACUCUAACCGGAGCACAACCAGUCGUGAGGAGCCACCAGAGAACUUUGGUACACUGCGAAAAAGUCGGUCGGUAACCUUUCAAGAUCGUGCUCGGUCCACCCUAUCUAUCGCAAGCACUGUCCCUUCCACCAAAUUGCAUGCCCAAAAUAAGCUUCGCAAGAGGAUGCGUUCUGCAAGCACCCCUACACUUGGGUCUCCUCACCUUGAUCCUUUGCUCAAGAAACUUCCCCUUGGCGUCAAACAGAUUGGCUACGGCAUCGGUUUCAGUCCCCCUAUGGAACCCCUUUCUUCUCGCUCGAAAUCGGUUUAUCGAUCCGCUAUCCGCGCAUGUCAAAAGCUGGCGCCAGUCAUACGUCGCAAAAUCUCUAGAAAGACUUUAUCUAAACGCAAGACAUCCUCGCCGACAGACUCAAGUAGUGCCCAUGACGCGACUGUAGUAAUGCGUGGGCUCUAUGGGCAAACCUGGACACUUGGUCUGGAGUCCCUGCCACCUUCUGCGGCUACAGACACACUCUCGGCCACAACCAACGACUCGGAAGGCCCAGUGACACCAGAGACUCCGUUCUUUGCCCAGACAGUGGGAAUAGUGCACCAUGAGUUAUCCACCCUUCGUUUGGUACCGUCCUCGGGUCUUCAGUCUUUUUUAUGAUUCUUUUUCCAGCCUCACAAUCACGCCGCAUUUUAUUGAUAUCGAUGUUCCGCUCAAUUUUGUCCUUUGAUCAGCUCCCUUAUCCAAUCGCAGGACUUUGUCAUAAAAUGGAUGUCUUAACACUCGCCUGUGCAUUAUUGUUGUUGUAAUAUGCAUGUAAUUCUUUGGGCUUUUUGUACAUGACAGUGUUAG